UUCGACGUCCUCCUUACCAAGCAGACUCCGUCGUCGGUCGGUCGGUCGGUCGUUUGGCAUCCGUCAGUUUGGUUCCGACCGCCGUUCGUUUCGCUUGCAAAUAGCUCAUCUCGUCUGGUUGGUUGAGCUUGCCGGAAGGUGAAGGUAAAGAAGCAGAAAGGAUGCCAAGGAGUUUCAGUAGUGGCUGGCUAGUGGGUUCACAGCUGAUGCUCAUUCUGUGAGCGUUGGGGUGGAAGUGGGUGUGCGUGAUCCAAACUAAAAUAAUCAUUGUGCUGCGAAAGGAAAAGUUUUGGGAUUUCGUGCUUUUCGGUGAGGGGUGGUGAAGUGUGCUGCGAGAUCCUGAUCGGCCGGCCGGUAUGUGUGGGCCUUCUUGGAAGCAGUGAGAUAGUGGAACAGCGGUGACGGCGCUAUCAAAGUUGUUUCGAACAGCUGAGAGGGCUCUGAUUGUGAUUUUUUUUAUGACUGGCUCCGUUUUCGACUCUUUGAUUGGGUUGUUUGGUUUUGUUGUUGUGGUAUGUUUUUGUUUCGGUUAUGGACUUUGGUUUGUAUUUUUUUUAUAAGGCAAUAUUAACUACGGUGAGUGGGUGAAGAUUCCUGAUAUAAACUCAAGUGCAUCCGGAAAACUGUGUGUAAAAGUUGCGGAAAUCAGUUGCCGACAGCCAACAACGCUACUAGGUAUAGUGUGCUCAACGGGUACUAUGAAAGAGAAGCUGUUCCAGUAGUUUAAUUGAAAGUUGGACCAUUUGAUGGAAGAUUACAGUGUGUCUGUUGCUGUUGCUGAUGCUGAUACUGAUGCCGGUGGUGGUGGUGUCGCUGCUGGGCAUUUUCUGUGAAAGAGUGAUUGUAGUGUAGGGAGCCAGCAGGGCAGGAAAAAAUAAAAAUGAAUCAAGCUCCCGUGGCAUCCAGUUGGGACAGUAAUUGAAACCCGCGCGGCUUCGUACCUACAGAAGGGGUGUGUGAAUCGGUUCGUUUGGUUGUGAAAGUGAAACACGACGAUCAGGCUUUUCCGAGAGCGAGAGCCAGGGUGGUGGGUGGAAUUGGAAUACCCACAGAAAAAAGUGAAGUGAAGUGAAGCGAUUACCGAAGCAAAAAGCCCAGCACAAAAGGAAGGAGCACCAUCAUGAGCAGCAGAACGAUGGAAUUAAGGAUUGUUCCGGUGAUUCAAUUUGUCACGAUCGUUGCCGCACUCAAGCUGGGCGCCGUUAGCUGUGUGCCCAUGAAGUACGAAAUCGGUGGCUACCGAAACAGCGUCGAUCUGGACGCAGAGCAAACGGAAGCCCGGUACGACCAGGGUAUGCUGUCGGACAUCAUGAACGACGAGCGGCCGCCGAGUGAGCUGCAGAAGGCCGAGAGCUGUGUGGCGGACAAUUUCAAAUACGACCACGGACAGAAGAUUCAGCGAUAUGAUCCUUGCGAAAUUUGUCUCUGUAUAGACGGUGAAAUAUUCUGUUGGUGGAAGCAGUGUGAUGUCCCUGCACAACCCAUGCUCGACGACGAUGGCGACGACGACAGACCACUCGGUGCCAUCGGUGACGUCCAACUGGCCACCACUUCAUCGUCACAACUGACAACAUACAACGCUUCAUCUUCGACGACGACGACGACGACACCAUCCGUCGACCCAUCGAAACCUUCAGCCGGCGAGUUGACCAAUGUUGCAACCGCUUCCCCGCAACCCGUAACUUCCGCCGCUGCCGCAGCAGCUCUGCCAUAUCCGGAUCAACCGGACUCCAGCCAACAGCAGCAGCAGCAGCUGAACGUCCGAACAGUGCAGCAUCCCCCUCAGUCACCCCCGGAGAACAUCCCGCAGAACAUUCUCUCGUUUCCACAGUCACCGCCCAUUAUGAUGAUGUAUCGACCGGGACUCCUGGGAGGAAAAAAUGCUUCCUCUUCGGGUGCAAGCACAACCUCCGAGCGGAACAAACACGGAGGACCGCUGAAAAAAGUCAAACCACUUCAUCUCGCUGCUAAUGGUGCUGGCGGUGGUGGUGGUAAAAAGUCCUACCGGAAGUCGAAGGGCGGCAAAGGCUACGUAAUAAACUACGGACGCAUUGAGGGUGGGCUGGAGGAUGGGGGAGGCCGAACGCGGGUGCUUGCCGUCACGGAAAGGAUACCGCAGCUCUCGGCGGACGGAAUGAGAGUUUUGAAUGAUGGGGAGCGUGGUUUUGUGCCGGCGGUUGGUGGAUUUGGGGCCGGGUGGCGGCACGAUGACAAAAACGAGAGCGAUGACGAUGAUGGUGACGACGAUGAAGAUGACGACGGGGAUGAGGAUGAUGAAGAUGAUGACGAAAGUAAUGAAGCCGUUGGUCAACGAAGCAAUGUGAAUGCCGGGGCGAAUAGCGAUGAAGGCUUCGGUGGCUACGGAUUCGGCAUGAUCAAGGAACCGGAAGACGAUAAACAGCAGCACUAUAUUAUCACCUCGUCGGGGCACGUGGAAAUGUUCGACGACAACAGCAUGGAAGCAACGGAAAAUGCCUUCGGUAUGAAUCGAUUGCCCUCGGUGCAGCAGCAACUAGGCUCGACGAGUACGACCACCAUUCCGCCGUUGGCCUUGGUUCUCGGUGGCACCCUGGACGACAGUCCAAAUCAGUCUGCCACCAGUUCAUCGGUCCGCCGGCAAGAUAAUGGCGGGUCGGAUAGCAACCAGGGUGGACCGAUUGCACCAUUGAUAGUAAUGACCACCAACGUGACGCAACACUCCAAUUAUUCAGUGCGAUUUUCGCCGGAUGCUGCUGGAGGCAGUCCGCCAUUGACACAGUAUGCGCCACAGCUCCUUUCGCCAUCGGCAGUUCAACAAUCGGCCGGAUCGGUUAUUGAUGUACUAAAUUCGACGACAACGACGACGACGACGACGAUGGUGGAUGGCACUGACUAUCUGGACGAUAAUCAGACGGAAUUGAUCUACCCGGCCAUUCCCGGGUUGAGUAGCAGCAGCAGCAGCAGUAGCAGUAGCGGUAGUAGUGGUGGUAGCAGUAGCUACGCCAGUAGGCGGACAGGCGAGGGAGAUGGUCAACAGGUGCACAUGACAACGACGAGUACGACCACGAACAGUGCGACAGCGGAAACGAGGAAAACGCCGGAGCAACAUUGCGUUGUGAUGGGUGUGCCCUACAAAGUCGGAGCAGUGCUGAAACAGGAAACCGGAAACUGUUUGCACUGCGUAUGCAUGCAGGGGCCGGACAGUGAUCCGGUGCCACGGGUGACCUGCACGCCCCUAAACUGUCCACCGUUGAUCCUGCCGGAUAUUCUGGACGGGGCUGGGUUUUAAUAGGACCCUCGGAGUUCAGAAGAGGCAGCAGUAGCACCAGCAGUCGUCAAGUGCGGAACGAUUCCACCGGUCCGGCAUCAGCUCAUCACCCCCCAUCCCAGCCAGGCAGCACCCAGACAAUAUCCGUUUACGUAGGAUCAUUUCCAUAGUAAAAAAAGCCAUCUCAGAUUGUUUACGGGCGUGACUCUUAUCGGGCUUUAAAACGUCGUUGUCGCUGGAUAUUUAAUUUCAAGCUCAAUUGUUUCGUUCGGUUGAUUUGCAUUCGGGGUUGGUGAUAAGGCGUGGAAGCAGACGACGACGCCGUGGAGAUUGCGGAGAUUCCUUAUCAUUCUUGACAGGAGGGCAUGUGCAAUAUGUAAAGGUAACAUCAAUGUCUGAAUUUGUUUUCGCUUCUCGGAUAGAAAUUUGUCACCACUGUGACAAGGCAGUGACAACGGGCGACGACGUGUGUCGGAUGCUGAUAGGAUCCACGACUGCACGAUUAAAUUAAUUGUCUUUGAGUUGCAUACUUCUUGUGGAUAUACAUAUAUACAAAACACAAGUGAUCUCAAGAACCCCCUAUAAUCGAAGCCCUAUUGAACAAACAAAAAAUCCUAUAUCUAAUGCUCCUUAUAGUCGAUAGGAGAGUUUAGAAAAGCAUAUUUAAAUUGAUGUUUAAUCGGAUCAAUAAACAAAUAAGAGACAAACUGUAGCAAAGAAGUUAAAGGUGAUUGAACUCUAGUGUAAAACUAAUGAAAUUAGUUGACAUAUAUCGACUUCUUCGGUCUACUAGUAAGAGAGCUUGUGUAUUAUACUUGUAAACACAUAACAAAAAUCAUCACACAACUGAUUUCCUUUCUCUCUAGGUGUACGGAAAGUAUCUUCUAUGACGAUAUUUUCAUUAUAUAGACACGAAGGAGGAUGCGAAUCCAAGCUCAUAAAUACUUGAUGCUUAGUCAGUAUGCCGCCGUACUUAGAAUAGUGGUAUCAGAAUCAAAACCCCGUUCUUUCGAUUUUCCCUCCAGUUUCAUUGUGUUUUUCCAUUCAACCGUAAGCUCGCUUAGUUGAUCGUUUCGGUCGCAGCACGUUCAUAGUCAUACCCCGUAGCCCCGUAACCAGUCCUGUGAGUUGACUCCACUAUUUUUUGUCGCUACUCUCCGCAAGCAUUUCCGUAUCCGGGCUCUCAGAUUAUGUUUUUUUUGCGAGUCGUGAGCGCACAGGAAGCAAUACCAGUAAAAGGGUCACGUAGACUGUAUUUAUUUAAAUUGGACACCAUUUUUAAAUCAUACGCCGCACCGUUGCAAUAUUUAUUCAGUGGAUUUUUGAAUGUUCGGUCGUGGCUUGUGUGGCUUACCAUAUGCUGUGAACGGGCAACACAGUACCGAGUAAAAGUACAGUGACCGAUGGGCAAAUUUAUGAACAUUCGAAGGGCGUCGGAUAAUCUAUAUCAGACAUACUACUUGCUGAGUGUGAAGAGUUCGAUUCCGGGUCGGUCUAGGAACUUCUCGUAAAGGGAAUUUCCUUUACUCCCUUGGAGUAUCUUUGUGCCAGCCGCACAUUUGGCUGACGGACUAAAAAAAUCAUUGUCUCUGUUAUUUCUGGCCGUAUUUCAAAGGAUAUAAAUCGAAAUGGCCGGCAAUGGUUCUUAUUUCUAUGCCUGGCACAAAAAUUGCCAUUGAUCACAUGCAUACAUACAUACAUACAUUUGUUCAACAUCAUAUUUAAGACAAGACAUAAUCAACAAUGGUACAUACGCCACUAUACUCGGUUUGUGGCUACCGUUCUCCAUCCGCAGUCACGCCCGAUGCUCGUCAAGUCACGCUCCACCUGAUCCGCCCAUCGUGCUCUCUGCGCUCUACGCCUUCUUGUGCCAACUGGAUCAGUAGAAAACACCAGCUUUGCAGGGUUUUUAUCCGGCAUUCUUACAACAUGCCAUGCCCGCCGUAUCCUUUCGGCUUCGGCCACCUUCUAGAUUCUGGGUUCACCGUAAAGUGCAGCGAGCUCGUGGUUCAUCCCUCUCCGAUACACACCGUUCUCCUGCACACGUCCGAAGAUCAUCUUUAGCACGCAUCGCUCGAAAACUCCGAGUGCUUGCAGAUCCUCUUCGAGCAUGUUUGUAGAGGACCACCGGUCCUAUAUGGGUCUUGUACAUCAUGCAUUUGGUACGUGGGUGGAUGUUUUUAGACCGUAGCUUCUUUUGAAUCCCUUAGUAAGCCAGACUUCCGCUAAUGAUGCGCCUAUGAACUUCACGACUCACAUUGUCGUCAGACGUCAGUAAGGAUCCGAGGUGAACGAAAUCCUCCACCACCUCGAAGGUACCCCCGUCUAUCGUAACAUUACUGUGCAGACGGAUCCAGUUCUGUUCGGUGACGCCUAACAGCAUGUACUUUGUUUUUUAGGCAUUCACCACCAGUCCGACCUUUGCUGCUUCGCGUUUCAGGCGGGUGUAUAUUUCUGUUACCGUUCCAAAUGUUCUGAUGAUAAUGUCCAAGCCGUCCGUAAAGCAUACAAAUUGGCCGGAUUUUGUGAAAAUCGUUCCCCGGUUGUUGAGCCCGGCUCGUCGCAUCACACCUUCCAGAGCGAUGUUGAAUAAUAGGCAUGAGAGACCAUCACCUUGUCACAGUCCCUGGCGAGAUUCGAAUGAACUGGAUGUUCACCCGAAACCCGUACGCAGUUUUGCACACCGCCUAUCGUUACUUUAAUCAGUCUAGUCAGCAUCCCAGGAAAGCCGUUUUCGUCCAUGAUUCUCCAUAGCUCUGCGCGGACGAUACUAUCAUAUGCCGCUUUGAAGUCGAUGAACAGGUGAUGCGUUGGGACCUGGUAUUCACGGCAUUUCUGGAGGAUUUGCCGUACGGUAAAGAUCUGGUCCGUUGUCGACCGGCCGUCGAUGAAGCCGGCUUGAUAACUUCCCACGAACUCAUUUGUUUUAGGUGACAGACGACGGAAAAUGAUCUGGGAUAGCACUUUCAAAAUAGUGAUCGCCUAGAAGUUCUCACAUUCCAAAUGGUCGCCUUUCUUGUGAAUGGGGCAGAUUACCCCUUCCUUCCACUCCUCCGGUAGCUGUUCGGUUUCCCAGAUCCUGACUAUCAGCCGAUGCAGACAGGUGGCCAACUUUUCUGGGCCCAUCUUGAUGAGUUCAGCUGCAAUACCAUCCUUACCAGCUGCUUUGUUGGUGUUGAGCUGAUAAUGGCAUCCUUAACUUCCCUCAGCGUGGGAGUUGGUUCAUUUCCGUCCUCCGCUGCACUGGCGUCGUCGUUUCCUCCGUUGCUGUGGGCUUUCGUGCCUACGUUCUCCACGCCGUUCAGGUGCUGAUCGAAGUGCUGCUUCCACCUUUCGAUCACCUCACGUCCGUCCGUCAAGAGGCCUCCGUCUUUAUCCCUGCAUAUUUCGGCUCGCGACACGAAGCCGUUGCGGGAUGCGUUGAGCUUCUGAUAGAACUUCCGUGUUUCUUGGGAACGGCACAGCAGUUCCAUUUCUUCACACUCCGCUCUUCCAGGCGGCGCUUUUUCUCCCGAAAGUGGCGGGUCUGUUUUUCCCGCUUCUAUUUGUAACGUUCCACGUUCUGUCGGGUCCCUUGCUGCAGAAUUUCCGCCCUUGCUGCGUUCUUCUCCUUCAAAACCAUUCUGCACUCUUCGUCGAACCAUUCGUUCCGUCGAAUCCGUUCCACGUACCCGAUGGUACUCUCGGCUGCGUCAUUGAUGGCUGCUUUCACUGUACUCCAGCAGUCCUCUAGAGGGGCCUCAUCGAGCUCUCCCUCGUCUGGCAACGUGGCCUCGAGAUUUUGCGCAUAUGCUGAGGCAACAUCCGGUUGGACCGUGGCUUGUACCAGUGCAGUUUGACCAUCACCAGAUAGUGGUCGGAGUCGAUGUUGGCGCCACGAUAGGUCCUGACGUCGAUAUUGUCGGAGAAGUGCCUUACGUCAAUCAGAACGUGGUCGAUUUGAGGUGUAACGAUAAGGGAGGAUGUGUUGGAAAAAGGUGCUACGUUUUCGGAAGCGGCGAAAUCAAUGAGUCGUAGGCCGUAUUUGUUCGUCUGCUGGUGAGCGCUGAACUUUCAAAUCGUCGGUCUGGAUUCCUCCUCCUGGCCUACCUGAGUGUUUAAAUCUCCUAUGAUGAUCUUGACGUCGUGGCUUGGGCAGCGGUCGUAUUCGCGUACGAUCUGCGCGUAAAAUGCGUCCUUGUCAUCAUCAGUACUUCCGGAGUGUGGGAUGUGCACGUUUAUUAUGCUGAAGUUGAAGAAUCGGCCUUUGAUCCUCAACCUGCACAUUCUUUCGUCGAUCAGCCACCAACCGAUCACGCGUCUCUGCAUAUCGCCCAUCACGAUGGAAGCUGUUCCCAGCUUGCGUGUGUUGCCGCAGCUCUGGUAGAUGGUAUGAGAACUUCUAAACGUUCGCACCAUGUACCCUGUCCAACACACCCCCUGCGCUACAAUGUCGAACCCGCGGUCCUUCAGUACAUCGGCGAGUAUGUGGGUGCUCCCAAUGAAGUUGAGUGAUCGGCAGUUCCACGUACCGAGUUUCCAAUCGCAAGUUCGUUUUGUUCGCUGGGGUCGUUGCCGUUGAUCUCGAUUCGUAUUAUUCUGUUGCUGAUUUUCCGUUACAAAGGAUUUUUUACGGCUGGCUCGUAGUGCCUGUCACCAACCCCCUACUUUCUGGAGGACCAUAGUGCACAGUUGAGCUUAGAGUCCUUCCCUGGCACUCGGACGUACAUCAGCCGCCCCUUACAUGGGGAUCAGACACUGUUGUGAGCCGCUCCUCCUGGAGAACAGACGCAAACCCCCCUUCCCUGUCAGCCUACGGCCAAAGUUCCCACUGGGGUUGGUUACCCGAUCUUUCCUAAGGUUCCUCGUAGUUUCCAACUGGUACCACGUGGAGGAUAAGAGUUGCUGGGCAGAGGCUAGUGGGUCACAAUGGGAUCUGAAUUGCUCCGGGAGGCUGCCACCAGUCUUUUGCAUUAUCACCAUCAUAACACAAAAAAGCCGCAACAUCAACAUUGUCCUUCGUCCUCCAUCAACGUUACAGCCGACCGUCACUAUGUUGCUAACGAACAAAUUCGAGACGAACGCAUUGAUACAAUGGCUGCCACCGCAACGCUCUUUAUUGCAAAUCUCCUGAGCAACCGAACGCUUGUUAACAGUCGUUCCGACGCAGAGCUAUGUCACUCACUGCUGGGUGAAGGGCCAGGAUGAUUGCAUGGCGCAACAAACACAAACAUAGCACGCCCUAUGAAUAUGAAUGCAAGGCGUAGAACAAAAACUCGCUCCGGUGUUUAAUGGUGUGGUUCGAAAACAAGAGACGAUCGCUGCUGUUGGAUUUGGUUGACUCUGUAUUGAACGAGGGUAGGCUUGAGUGACUUUUGCGUUAAUCGAUUAUGUUUUGAUGGACUGCUUACCCUGGCUGCCACGUUCAGGAAAUCAUCCAGCUUCUGUCCAGCUUGCGUCAGUCAGUCAAAAAGUUCUUCCACCUCGAACAAGUGGCACUCAAGGUCACCGUCUUACAGCAGAUUGACACGGGCACAAUAUGAAGAAUUGCCAAUUUGACAAAAAGGAGCAAAGUUAUUGCUAUGCCAAGCGUCAUUAUGUCAAAUAGAAUAAGGUACACCGGGGCAAGUUGAAACGGCCGGGGCAAGAUGAAAUACGAAGUUUUGAAACAGAUUUCAAUACAAUUUGGUAAUUUAUCCUUCGUUGUAAGGUUGUUUGAAUCAAAAACUAUGCGUUAUGGCGAUCAAACUGUUAAUCAUCAUUACAAAACAUCAUAUUAACCCGCUGUUUCAUCUUGCCCCACCCGUUUCAACUUGCCCCGGUGUACCUUAAAUGCUUGUUGAUGUUUUUAUACCUGUAAUUAUGAAGCCCUAGGCUAGUUCUUCACGAGACCCAUGAUUUUCUUCCCUUGCGAAGGUAGAACUCACUUUUUGUGAAUUUGUCGAAGUGGGAUUCGACCCCAGGCCCUUGGCGUGAUAGUAACGUGCUUUAACCAUCACACCAGAUCCGCUCCUCUUCAAGUUAAAUGAUAUUAUCCAGCCGUUUUUCCCCUAUUUUGAUCCUAUUUCGAAAACAGACAAUUAAGGCACCGAUUGUUCUCGUACUUUUUGUUAUCAUGCAUGCUCACUCCUAACAAAAAAACACACAAAAAUAAAAAAAAAAAACGAAUAGCGCUUAAAUGCUUUGUUUUCGAUGGGAUGGAAAUGGGAGCAUUUUGCUCAACAUGGAUUCCGUUCCCCUAGUAUAAUUGUUCGUGUUUUAUUUCCUAAGCAGGGUUUACCAUAUUUAGGUUGCAAGUAUUGGACUUUAUUACUUGAGCUUGCUAUUCUACGCUAAGU